AUGCAUCCACGCUCAUCACUCAGCAAACACUUGCCAAAGAGAAGUUUGUCAAGUGCAGGUCUGGACGAACUUGACGAGUUGCUUCAUGGCUCGGAUAGUGGACAUCGCAAACGCCACCAUAGUUUAAGCAGUAACAGUAAUCACAACGAAGCAUCGGUCUUUGCUACAUCUUCAUCUCCGUCCCGACACGAAUACCCGUCACCGUCGUCGUCUUACUCUAAUACCUUGCGCCGCCCUGAGCUUUUUCCGUACAGUGAAAAAAUCAAUACAAAUGGAAAUUUUCAGCUACUCGAAACAAGGUUUUCCAAUCAAGCUCAGAUGAGUGAGAAUUAUCACAGUGGUCUUUUAAAUGACAAUAACUUUUCGGACGAUCAUUACCAAGAUUUGAACAAUGAAUUUCAGGCUUCUGAUGCGACUCCUUCCAGUGGUCACGAGUAUAUGUCCAGUAGCAAACAUUUUUCCUCGCCAAAUUUCACGUCUCACGAUCCUCAUGACGUUGUGUUUGAGCACCGACUAAAUCAUGACGAGGCUAUCUCUGGUAAGCGCUAUGACCACAAUUCACUUCGACCACCAUUCCACCGUUCAUUUGGCAGUAAAUCGUCUUCUCCUCGCGAAGAGUAUUUAAUUCAAGCAUUCGGUCCCAGCGGCUUUAAGCUCCAUAGCACUUCAGUAUCUAGCAACGACGAGUUAGAGGACAGUUUAAGUGAUAAUAGCAGUGGUAAUAACGGAGAGUCAACCAUGACAGACGCAGAGAACGAGCUCAAAAUGUCGUUUAAUGAGCUCGAAGCAGAUAUACGCGGUGCUAUGCAUCAAACAUCUCCUCAUCAACAGCAACAUUCGGCAAGACUUCCAGAGCUUACAGAGUUGUCACACUUGGCCUACACGACACCUUCACAGGGCUCAUAUGACCUAGAUCGUCACAAUCUUAUCAGGAAUAAUCAAGACCCUCAUCACGUCGGUAUGUUUGCGCAACCAUUGGAUCGUUCCGAUGUCAUAAGCUGUCCGAAAGAUGCAUCUUUUUAUCCGAGAGGUACGCAAAACACAUUUUUGGCUAAAACAGUGCAAAAUAAAGGAAAUCAAAAUGGAAUGCAAGCACCUACAAAGUGGCUUCGAGAUGAAGAUGAACGACUUCGUGUUGCCGUUGCUCGAUUUGGUGGCAAGAAUUGGAAAAUGAUUGCUGAAACGCUUGGAAAUGGGCGCACAGAUGUUCAGUGUCUUCACCGUUGGAACAAAGUGCUGAAACCUGGUCUUAUUAAGGGGCCGUGGACACCUGAGGAAGAUCGUAUUCUAACUAGUCUAAUCACACGCUAUGGAGUGGGUAAAAUCCGCUGGUGUGAUCUUGCCCUGCAUUUGCCAGGACGUAUUGGAAAACAAUGUCGGGAGCGGUGGUGCAAUCAUUUGGACUCGCGUAUUCGAAAAGGACAAUGGACUGCUGAAGAAGAUGAUAUGGUGUUUCGAUGGCAACAAAAGUUGGGCAAUAAAUGGAGUGAAAUUGCGAAAUUGCUUCCAGGACGUACGGAAAAUGCCGUCAAGAAUCGAUAUAAUUCAGCAGCACGUCGCAAGUGGUUGAUGAAUCAGGCCAAUAAGACAGCGUCGACGUCCACAUCACAAACUACCCCUACAACACCACAAGCCCCACUACAGCAGCAACCACAAAGAUUAUUGCACUCUACAUUUUCUACUCACCAAGAAAGCAACGUCUGCAAUGUAAGCUCGAUGUCAUUUGGAGGCGGGGGUGCAAAAGUUUUGCCAGCACCAUCAUCGGAAAUUUUACUUGAACAUCAGUCGCACAACAUGAUUCCAGCACUAGGACAUCAAACUUAUUUUACGCACUUCACAUCAUCAGGAAUGUUGUCUACGAACGUGCUACUUCCUGCUGGUCCGGACAAGACACGUCCUCUUUUUCGACAAGUUGAAGGAAUGGGCGAUGACCAAAGUUUUUUGCAAGAAAAGCACGAUAAACCUGCAGAAAGUGGAAAAAAUGAGCCGUUGUCGGCGUCACCUUCGACCUUCGUGCCACCUCCAUUGAAUAUGUUAUUUCCCCCUCCAUCCGCCAAUGUUAGUACUAGUCAUACCAUUCACUCUCUGACAAGUAGCCCCAGUAGUAGGGAGGCUGCCCUCACUCCUAUCUUUCCUCAAUUUCCAAUCUUAGCGCCUGUUGUCGGACUUCCCGUUGAGUCUUCGUCUGGCGAAGACAAACACAGUGAGUCUUCAGUUCUCCAAUCGAAGGACGAGAAAAGCGAACGAGAUGAUCUCGGCCUUCACGAGACCUUAGCAGUGAGCUCAGGGCAUGAUCCUGGUGUUUCCAUGGAUGACGAAAACAUGAAUAGCUUUCUCGAUAGUGCGACAAUGUGUGGAAACAGCAAGUAG